AAUGCCUCCAAUGUACCCGACGAAGAGAAGUACGCUACUUUUGAUUGGUAAGAAAAAAAAAAACAGUAGAAGAAACAGUGGUCUCCAUAGUUCUUCAAAGUUUUGAGCUUGGACCAGCAACAACGACGGAGGGUUUCUUCUCCCUUCGUCGAUCCAAUUCUCCAUCUCUUCCUCCUCUUGCUCUGUCAUCCAAAAUACCCUUUUUGUAGAAAAAGAAAAAAUCGUCAUAAUGAGUAUUAGGUCCCGCUUAGAUGCGAUCGUCUCCUCGAUGGUAACAGUGCACCCUCACGAAAUUCCUGCUCUGCUCCACUCCUCCUCCUGCUUCUUCUUUAUUCUGAGUGCAUACUUCGUGGUGCUGCCAUUGCGAGACGAGGGAGCAAUCUCUCUGGGUUUAUCUAAUCUGCCGGGUCUCUUCAUCGGGUCUCUGGUUCUCACGUUGAUCGCUGCCCCUGUUUCCUCUUUUAUCCUCUCUUUCCCUAAUUUAUCUAAAUCGAAGGCUUUGGUUAUGAUACACAGGUUUUUUAGUCUGUCACUUGUUGUGUUUUUCAUUCUCUGGCGAGAAUCUUCAGCUGAAAUUUUGCCAUCCAAUUCAAAGGAGUCUGUUUCCUCGUCUUCUCAAUUGAAAGAGGAUGUAAAGAACGGUACUGUUCGAGCUAGUUCUGCUAAUUCUGUAGGUUGGGGAAACCAUAGUUGGUUUUAUAUUUCUGUGAGAACUGGAUUAUUCCUCUGGGUUGCACUUCUUAAUCUUGUGACUAUUUCUUCAACAUGGACUAGAAUAAUUGAUGUGAUGGACAAUGAGUCAGGUGCAAGAUUAUUCGGGUUCAUUGGUGCUGGUGCCACACUUGGCCAACUCUUUGGGUCAUUGUUUGCCACCGGAAUGGCUUGGUUGGGACCAUGUAUGCAUGACUUUGUUUUUGGAUCAAUUUUUCUUGCUUUUAUUGUUAGGAAAACUGAUCCUAAUCAAAGUAAGAAUGAUGAGAAUACAGCUGCUACUAGCAAAAUUUCUUCUCCAGAAACAUCUACCUCCAGCGCACAGCCUCAGUUUUGGGCCAUCUUAGAUGGACUGAGGCUUAUACUGUCAUCAACUUAUCUGUUACAUGUGUCUUUAUUCCUUUGGCUUAGUGCAGUUAUCUCUUCAUUCUUCUAUUUUCAGAAAGUGAAUGUAAUUGCUGGGAUUGUCGCAAGCUCUAUUGGCCGAAGAAGAUUGUUUGCCCAGAUCAAUAGCUUUAUUGCUGUUUUUAUCCUUGCUGGACAACUUACACUAACGGGUCGCAUCCUUACUGUUGCUGGUGUUUGUGUUGCAAUAUGCUCAGCUCCAAUAGUUGCCUUCUCAAAUUUGAUUGCAGUUGCUGUAUGGCCAACCUUUUUAGUGGUUGCUGUUUGUGAAACCCUAAGAAAGGUGGUGACUUAUGUUGUAACCAGGCCAGGAAGAGAACUCCUGUUUACUGUUGUUUCACAAGAGGAGAAAUACAGAGCUAAAGUAUGCAUAGAUGUAAUUAUCCAGCGACUAGGAGAUGCCGCAGCAGCAGGAUUGUUUAAAUUGCUUUUCAGCACUCUCCAUGGAAAUAUAUCAACUGUCUCUCUAUAUGCCCUACCAGUAUGCUUAGCGUGGAUUGUCACAGCAUUUUACUUAGGGCAACGCCAAACACAACUGGCAAAGUUCCGAACUGUCUCAACAUCUUGAAACUUUUCAAAAAUAUACCUUAUUUUUCUACAUUUCUUUCGGACUACAUAAACUUUAUGUAAUUUUGUAACAAGAGCUGCCAGAUUUUUAAAGAUGCAGUUUCAUGGCUGGCAACAUGAUUCACUGUACAAACUUGCUGAUUUAAACAGUCAAUGUUAUCUUCUUCCUUACCCAAUCA